ACCUUCGCCUCCUGCCUCGUCCCCAGGCUGAGUGGAGUUCCUGAUCAGUGAUCUUCGCAGCCUGGCAAUCUCGUCCAUGUCGGCAAGAAUCAUCCCUCGUCUCCUGACUAGAAGCGCCUUCAGAUACGCUCCCCCCAGAUCACUAGGCAUCCGCACCUCCUCCACGGCUCGCCACAAUUCCAACAUGAGCACCUACAGUGCAGCCCCGAGCUGGUCUCGGCUUAUCCGCUUCAUCGCUCAGGAGGAUGGUCAAGAGCACAUGGGCGAGCCAGUUGACUCCGAUCUAGACGUAGGCAUUGCAGACCCCUCUUCGAUCCAGGUGCACAAGCUUUCAGGAGCGCAUCCCUGGGAUGCCAAGAAGGAGAGCUCUUCCAGCACUCUGACCGUAAAGGAGCUGCUCUGCCCUCUGAAGAAGGACGAGGUCAAUACGAUCCGGUGUAUCGGGUUGAAUUACAAGGACCAUGCAGAGGAAGCCAAGAUCCCUUUGCCCGAGGUCAUCACCCUCUUCCACAAGCCCCGUACGGCUCUGACAGGUCCCGGAAAGGUCUACAUACCAAAGUGCGUGCAGGACGAGAGCUCCGAUUACGAGUCAGAGCUCUGCGUCGUCAUUGGACAAGACUGCAAAGACGUGCCGGAAGACCGAGCCUUAGAUUAUGUUCUGGCUUACUGCUCCUCGAAUGACAUCUCGUCCAGAAAGGCUCAAUUUGCCCAGAGCCAGUGGUGUCGCUCGAAAGGCUUCGACUGGGCAUGUCCUAUCGGCCCAUGCCUUGUAUCACCUGCACGCUUCCCCAAGGACAAAGGCUCUCCGAUUGUUCAGGUGACUGGCAAGCUGAAUGGAAAGGUCAGGCAAUCGGCACCCACUUCAAAUCUGGUCUUUUCGGUCGCACAGAUUGUGUCCUUCCUGAGUCAGGGCACCACCCUUGAGCGGGGCAGUAUCAUCCUCACUGGCACACCGGCCGGUGUGGGCACCUUUGACAAGCCGAUGACGUAUCUGAAAGAUGGCAAUGUGUUUGAGGUUGAGAUUUCGGGCGGGCUGGGCACACUGAGGAACACAAUUGUAUAUGAGUAGCCUUCUCCUGCCUUCUUCGCGAUGGGACAUGCAUCACGCGCACGCGGUCGGCUUUGAGCCCAAUGGAGAGCUUGGUCUUGCCUUCUUCUCCUGUCUGUGAGGCUGACACUCCCGAUGUCAAGAUCAUGAGUCACUAUGCUGCGCUGCGCU